GUAGUAAAAGUGGCAAAUCGAGAAAAAGUGGAAACCAAAAAGGAAGUAGAUAAUGUAAAAGAAGCAUUGGAAUUUCAUAUAAAAGAACUGGCAGAAAUAACAGAUUUAAAUAUAAAAGAAAAUAUAAAAGAAAUAUGUGAAACUUUAAAAUUUCAGAAAUAUAGACUGAGUAAUAUAAAAAUAGUUAAAGAAAGUGAAAAGAACAAAAUGAAUGAAACAGAGGGUGAAAAGAGCAGAAUAAAUGAAGUAGAAGGCAGUUUGGAUAUGAAAGAAAAAACAAUUAAAGAAAUAAAUGAAAUAGAAGGUGAUUUGGAUGAGAUAGUCGAAACAAUUGAAGAAUUCUCUAUCAAUUUGGAUGAGAUAGUUGAAACAAUUGAAGAAUUCUCUAUCAAUUUCUGA